AUGGCAUCUCACAGGACCGCACCGCCUCGCCUGCCCCUUCACCGCCCCGCACUGCUAUCACCACCGCACCGCACCGCGCCUCACCACGUUGCACCUCACCACGUUGCGCCUCACCGCAUCUCACCUUGCCGCAUGUCACCUCACCUCACCACGUCGCACCUCACCUCACCACGUCUCACCUCACCUCACCGCACCUCACCUCACCUCACUGUACCUCACCUCACUGUACUGCGCCUCACCGCAUCUCACCUCACCGCAUCUCACCUUGCCACAUAUCACCGCACCGCACCUCACCUCACUGUACCACAUUGCAUCGCACUGCAUCGCACCUCACCACAUCUCACCUCACCACGUCGCACCUCACUGUACCGCAUCGCACCGCACCUCACCUCACCUCACCGCAUCUCACCUCACCACAUCGCCCCUCACUGUACCGCACCGCACCUCAUCUCACCUCACUGCAUCUCACCUCACCACAUUGCGCCUUACUGCGCCUCACUGGAUCUCACCUUGCCGCAUAUCACCUCACCGUACUGCACCUCACCUCCCUGUACCAUGUCACACCCCACCUCACCAUGUCUCACCUCACCUCAGUGUGCCGCAUCGCACCUCACCUCACCGCCCCUCACAGCAUAUCACCACCACACCGCAUCGUGCGCCUCACGUCACCGCACAGCGUCGCACCUCACCACGUUGCACCUCACUGCAUCUCACCUUGCCGCAUGUCACCUCACCUCACCACGUCUCACCUCAGCGCACUGCACCUCACCGCACCGCACCGUACUGCACCACACCGCAUCUCACCUCACCACAUCGGCCCUCACUGCGCCUCAUCACAUCUCACCUCACCGCAUCUCACCUUGCCACAUAUCACCGCACCGCACCUCACCUCACUGUACCACAUCGCACCGCAUCGCACCUCACCACAUCGCGCCUCGCAGCACCACACCACACCUCACCUCACCGCGCCGCAUCUCACCGCCCCUCACCUCGCUGCAUCUUGCCCAGCCGCCUCGUUGA